UCUCUUUCUAACUCAUACUUUACAAAACUUGGGAGAUCUUUUUGACAUGUCUGUAAAGAAACGGGCUUUGGAGAGCAAGAACAAUGGAAGCCCCAAGUCGAGUCAUUAUAAUCGAUGCUUGUCAUUCUCGUUCUUGGAGUCAUCAACGGGAGAGAAGAAGAAACCAUCAUCGUUGAACCGUAUGGAUUCCAAAAUACUCAAGGCAGAGAUCGUUAAGUGGGCAAAGCGUGUCGCGGCUUAUGCUCGUCAACUUAGCUCGAGAAAACAAGAUUAAGACAUAGAUGAAGAAAGCUUAUGGGAAGAUUGAUAUGCACUCAUUUUACAUUGAUUUAGGUCCACAUUCGUUUAAUCAUUCAUAGUGAAAUUGUCUUAUUUCAAAAGAUGUUGAGAAGUCAUGAAACUUGUACAAGCAGAUCCAUUUAGUGAUUGUUUUUAAUAAAAUUCUCUUAUCAGGA